AUGGUGCACUACGUGGACGUGCACCUGCCGUGGUCGCACUCCCUCUGCGCCUGCUGCCUCCCCCGCAUGCUCCGCCCCGCCCCGCUCGUCGCCUUCCGCAUCUCAAGCCUGGCCUCGCUGCGCAAGCACCUGCAGCAGCCCGUCGUGCGUUCCAUGCCGCCUUUCCGCCUCGCCAACAACCCCACGCCGCCCAUCCUCGCCUACUCCGCCACCGUCCCGCUCUCCGCCCCUCCCCGCCGAUUUCCAGGCUAUACCAGCAGCGCAGCAGCGCCGUCAUUGGCGCAGCAGUAUCGGUGGAAGGUGGACGCGGCGCCUGUGGUUGCAGCAGAGGGGAUGAUGCUCGAAUGGCUGGCAGAGCCACGUGUCGGCCUGCUACUGGACCUCCAGGCGAUACGGCGCCAGCUGGCAGAGAUCAUGCAGAUCAACGAACUCGCGGCGGCGCGCAGAGAAGCUAACGCCGCGCGGGGAGCCUCUGCUGCUGCUGCUGCUGCUGCUGCUGCCUCUGCUGCUGCGGCGCCGUACCCUCGCGCCCUGUGGUGGUGCUGCUGGCAGUGCAGCCGCUGCUGGACCCUGUACCGCCGUGCCGUGUCCAUCGCUGCUUUCAUCGUGCUUGUCGCCAAGUUCCCCCGCUUCGUCAUGCUCUGGCGCGCGCACCUGCGCUCUCCUGAGGUGGUCUUUUCCAUGAUGGCCUUUCAGUUCGGCGCGGGGCGGCAGGGGCAGGGCGACUGCUUGGCGUCGUUGCUGCUGCAGGGAGGGCUGGCAGGCGAGCAGUACCGCUGCUGCUGCUCGCAGUGUGGUGAAGGGGAGAGCACAGAGGGAAGAGCGAGCGAAGGGGCCCUGGGAACUCAACCGGUCAGCAGCAGCAACGGUGGCAUGGUGAUAUCUGGUGCGGGCCCCACGGACUUCGCCCUCAAGUGCGGCACUCUCUUCUGCCAGCCGCUGUUCGCCCGGAGUGCUGCUCUCAUCUUCUCCGACUGUGCUGGCAGCCGCCACAAGGAGAGCGUGGAGGACGCUGCUGUGGAGGAGGCAGAUCGAGGGAAGCGAGCAGUAGAUUCAGAAGCACCAGCAACAGCUCCUGCUGCUCCUGCUGCUGCUGGGUCUGGUACAGCCAGUGGGUCUGGUGCUGCAGGCAGCGCCGGCCUUGUACCGGUGAACAGUAACACGGUGGUGGCGCUGUUCACGUACCGAGUCACCUGCCUGCUGCGAUGGGUGCGACUCUAUGGGUUUAAGGUCAACCCCGAAGACGCCUGCGCCCAGCACGACAGGAAAAACCCAGGCCCUUCGCUUCCCCACCCAAUCCACGAACUCCCGAACCUGAUGAUCAGGUUCGGCGCCAUGCCCAAGCCGGCAGCCGCGGCAGGUCUGGAAGGUUCCGUAACAACGGGCUGGAAGGAGUUCCCGGAGGGAAACAGGGCGGCAGUGGCAAAGAACGAGAAGGAUCCGGGGGAGUUUAUCGGAGUUAAGACCUUCCGGGUGGGGGUGUUUCGUGACGACAGGGAGUUGGACAAGGAGGAGAUGAAGAGGGAGUACAACGUGAGGGAGCUCAACAUGCCCCAACCGGGUGCCUCCUCCAGUGCCUCCCCCAGUUCCAUGGGCACUCUCGAGGACAACACCAGUGGUCCCUUCUUCCCCACGCUGGGCCACCGCGUGGAGGAGUUUUUGAAAAGGUUCGCCCCUGCACGGCUGGCGAGGGAGGGCAGGAACGGCCCUCUGGCCCGCGCCAUCACCUCCUGGGCUGGCAGCUUGGAUCUGGAGGAUCGAGCGUGGUCUGCUCUGGCUCUGGGGCCGUUUGCAAUGGGCAAGAUCAAGCCGAUCCUACGGUCCAGAAUCCAAGUGGAGAUCUUCAUAGAGAUGAUCGCAGGCAGCAUUUCCCCUGGGCCAGCCUGCACGCGCUGCCGGCACUGCAUCCGCAGAAAGUUCCUGGGGACUCUGGGAGUGGCGCCCGUCCCUGCGGUGGUCCCGGACUCGCUGGUGGCGCCGUUGCUGGAAGGCGUGAUGGAGGAGCAUCGCCUGCAGUUCCUCUUCUUUGGCAUUCGGCUCAUUGGGGAGGAGGGGGAAGUAGGGAACAUUCUGGAGCCGGUGGGACAGGACGGAGUGGGGCAGGAAGGGGGGGUGGGGUGGCAGGGCGUGCGGGAGGGGGAUGAGGAGUGGAGGAUGUGGGAGGAGGUGGACAGCUGGCGGCGGGCGGCUAUUAUGGCGUGGCCUGCUGUGGAGGGGCGUGGGGAGGCAGGGGUGGAUGGUGGCGAGGGGAUGGAGGAGAGCUGUGCAGGCAUGGAGCGUGCGCUACGGGAGGAGAAGGCGGUGGCGGAUGCCCGGAAGCAAGCUCUGAUUCAGACUGUUAUUGUGGCUGGUGGUGCUGGGGCAGCUGGUGCGCAUGGGGGAGAGGGAGGGGGAGGAGGGGAGGAGAGGGGAAAGGCGGUAGCAUCGUACCUGGAACCAUGGCCGGGGGGGGUGAAUCCUCUGGCGUGUUUGAGGGAGAUGCUGCUGGGGGAGACCAGCUACUGCCCCCAGGCCAAGCUGGAUGCUGUUUCUGCUGCCGAUGGCAAGGGAGGCCCACGCGGCUGUGCCUCCCUGCGUGCUGGGUGUGCUUUUGGUGAGCACCAACCAUGCGAAAGUUGA